GUAAUCAGGAUAAACAAGCUAUCAGUGAAAUUAGAAUUCAAGUUUCUUUACCACAUCCAGAUAUGAAUAUCCUUUUAUCACAAUUAUCUCAGAACAAAGCAGAUUUAUCUGCUUUUAGAUCUCAACGGCUGCAAGAUAUUAAAUACAUAAAUGAAUAUCAGCAAAUAAUUAAUGAAAAUCAGAAAAUGAUCAAUAAAUUAAAAUCUCAAAUCUCAAAUUUAUUAUUUGAAAAUCAAGUAUUAAGAGAAAAAUGA